UGUGUGUCGGUUAGGCGGUGUACUCGGUUUAUGUAUUUAUUAAUUUUUAUAUAAACAAUUAUCAUGCAUCAAUAUUUUGCAAUUUUAACGUUAUUUAUAGUAUAUUUUAAUACAUGCGGCUGUAUUAAGUUUAACCAUGACCUGGAUGACUACCUUAGAGCACAGUCUCUAUCAUUGGAGUCAGACAGGGAGAAUUUCAAGAAAAUACGCAAACGAGAUGAUGCGGAAACGGUGGUUUUAAGCUAUGCAAAAAACAUAUCUGUUCCUGUAGCUAAUAAUUUUAGCUUUGUUGUGUUCGGUCAAAGUUGUUUCAUCUCCAACCCGAUCGAAUUGUAUUGUGUGUCCGUAAAUGACGGUUCCUCCUCAAUAGUCGCCGGAAUGGGCAUUAUUUCUUCGGAAAUAAAAAACAUUAAGGCGUUCGAAUAUGAGAAUCUGGCCGUGCUUAGUGUUGUGUUGAAAAACAGCACCAUUGAAGUGUUUAAUAUAAAGAGGGACAUGAGGUUUAUUCAUGUGCAGUCAAUAUCUCAUUACAAUGUAACGAGUACCCAAUUUUUGUCUCACAAAGAAGGAUUAUUUUUUAUCGUUGCCACUAAAAUUAAAAUGGACCUUCAUGGCAACGUAUUCUUUUAUAAGUGGAUAAAAACGCAGUUUGAUCAAGUUACGAAUUUGCUUACAAAAAGCACCACUUACAUUCAUACUUUUGGGCCACAUUCAGAAGUUAUCGUAUUACAAGAAAGCAAGAAUACAAUUUCGGCCUUUGAUUUUAAAUACAACGUCCUUCGAAGACUUCAAAAAAUAGUCACGGAACGCCCAGUUAAAGUUUAUACACAUUUCACCGAUUCACAAAACUACAUGUCAGUACACGAGCGUGGUUCAAUAAAUGUGUAUUUAUGGAAAGGUACAUACUUUAAACUGUUGUUGAAUUAUCAACCAACAUCAGUAGUACUUUCAUCAACGAUCAUAUCAAAAAAUGGAGCAACGUAUUUCAUUAUGUUUGACCAAGAAGGAGUAAAGGCCAUAAAUCUGAACACCAAGCAAAUGGUCAGCCAAAUAGAAUACGAAUUUCAUGAUCCUAAAAUAAUGAAGGUAAAAUUCACCAACUCCACCACAGGAUUCAUGAUUUACUUCCGCCAGAGCAAAAGCAUGGAUCUAUCGAUGAUUUCCCUCAAUGUUGAGUCUAAUGUUCAUAAAAAUGAUGGUUUAAGCCAGUGUCUUUCGCAGCUAAGACACGAAGUAGACGUUAAACUGUUGGUGAGGGAUAAAGCGAAAGAACCCACCUUUAUCGACUCCAAGGCUGCUGUUGAUGGGGCUCGAGUACUUGAAGAUCGUGAUAGCACAGUCGCAGCAGGACCACCCAUUAACACCACCGAAGACAAUAUCUCAGCACUGGGGCUCUUAUUCGAUAGUAUUCAAGAGGACGUGGAUUGGACCACAGAAGAACUUGGCAAAUUUAAUGAAGACACAGAUCAAUUGACAAUUAAAGGUGAUGUGAAGCUUAUUGGUGCUUUAUCUUCAGACAAUGUGCAAACUGACAAUUUGGAACUUGGAGGUUUGAAUGGUGAAGAAUGGGCACCGCACAAUUGGCUCAUGUACAAACGCGAGCAAAUCAUCUCUUCCCCCUUUAGUGCACGUAAUGUUUCAGUUAGAGACUUGCAUCUACGAACAGAGCUCAACUUAUUCACAGGAACAUUGAAAAGAAACAACGCAGAAGAUGUAACGUUAUCCGGACAGGUGUUUGUCAAGGAUCUUGUGGUAAAUGAGCUGAAGGCAACUACUGUGAAUAACAUAACAGUAGACGACAUGUACAUAAAGAGACUAGGAAAACCAAUUGAAGGGUUAAAAACGUUUAAAAAUAUGCACGUACGUAAAGCCAGAAUCGUUAACAUCAAUGGGGAGGCUCCAGAUGCUGCGUUGGCAAUGUUCACUGACAGCACAUUAAACGAUUUUGCUCCUAAAGUGGAAAUUGAAAACUUAUGGUUGGAACAAAUAGAUAACAUAGACUGGAAUGAAUUUAAAGAUUCAGUUUAUCAAAUUGGAGUUACAAAAUCAAUUGAAGGUCACUUAAUAUUUUCCAAAAUAAUGACGGAUAAAUUAAAUGUAAAAACAUUAUUCAAAGAACCUGUUGAUAGUUUUUUAACCACAAAUACUGAUCAAGAUGUACAGUCAUUCAUCAGAGUUAGAAAUGCAUACACCAACAAUGUCGAAGCUAAAAACAUCAACAACGUAGAUACCAAAACAUUUGUAACAUUGAAUCCAGAUGAAGUCAACAAAAUCAAUGGAUCUGUUGCUUUGGAUAACAUGAAAAUUAUGAAUAAACUGGAGUUAAUUGGUGAUUUUGCUGAUGUGUACAUGACUGAUGGGGCAAGGAUCAUAGGAACAAACGAUUCAGACUUGUUACAGUUUUACAACGAUGAAGUCUACAUCAAAGGAGACCUACACCUGAAGAACGUAAAAUUGUGGGAUGAGGCUAAACUGUUAUUGGAAAACAAGUUGGUUGAUAGAAAUUAUCAAAAAUAUUGGUCCAAGAAAAAAAAUCAAGUAAUUGAUGUUCACGUGGAGGCAACAGAAGGUGUCACAACAAAAACGUUACAAACUAGACAAAUAAACGACAUAGAAGUAAACAAAAUUUUGUUAAAUAUUGAUGGUGAUCACGAAGCAACGAACUUCUAUUUCGAAAAUGUGACAAUCGCUGGCGAUGUUUACAUAGACGAAGAGAAUGCAGUACACACACCAGACUUCAACAAAAUAGACACACAAGGGGUCAAAACUAACGGCAGUUUUGUAAUAAAUGGGAAAAAGACAUUUACGAACAAAUUGAGAGUUGAAAACUUGUCAACCCACAAACUCGGAGAAAUCAACACUUUCGACGUAUUAACCAGGAAGCAUUCAAUGAAAGUUACUGGCAAAAAGUCGUUCAAAAAUGUGGUCGUUCAAAAGAGUGCGCAGUUUAAUGAUAUAGAUGUGGAGAAGGUUAAUAAUGUUUCUAUUAAGACGCACUUUGAUGAUGCACUUUUCUUGGAUUCUCCAGUCAACGCAUCGCAAAUCUUCUUUAAUUCAGUCUCGGUAACUAAUUUAAAUGCUAAAAAUAUCAAUGAACGUUCAGUUGACGACUAUAUUAAAAAGUCAGAUGAAAUAUUGGACAAAAGGGUCAUAAGGGAUUUGCAUAUCAUGGGAGAUGCUAAAAUUAGCAGCAUGCAGGAUGUGGUAUCAAUUAAUAACUUAACCAUGGAUGAACUAUCCAAGAGUAACAUGUCGGAUAUAUUUGAUGUACCUGUAAAGUUCAUGAAGAAAGUAACAACCAAAGAAUUCAUAGUCCAAGACAUAAAUGACGUAGAUUUUAAAGUAUUAACGGAUAGAAUAUUGUACAAAUCCGGUAACCAACAAGUGCUAGCUCCUUACACCUUUACAAACUUAAAAACAGAUAACUUAUUCGCGGACCAAAUUAAUGACAAAUCACUCGCGAAUAUCGCCGAUCGAGUUAAAAACUUGAAGGUCCAUUCGGAUCUUAAAUUCACCAGCGCAACCGUCGAAAGUAUUCAAGCGAAAGGAAUACGUCCGUGCGAUUUUGGUACACUAAUGAAAAACAUAAACAGCCCUAUUGGAAUGCUUUGGAAAAAUGUGCAAGUCGAGGGCAACGCCACUUUUAUGGACGAAGAUUCGGAUGUUCACAGACUUUUGCACAAAACGGUCAAAAAGGAUGAAGAUAAUGUUAUUACAGCCGAAGUGGAUUUCAAACAUCACGUGGCCGCCAGAAAUAUAGAAAACGAGAAGCAACUCAUAAACGACAUCAAUGUUGAAGAAAUGCUGAUCGACGCCUUAAAGAAUAAUCACGAAACUAUGCAGGAAAUUACAGGCAAGAAGACCUUCAGGCAAGCCAUAGUGUCUUCCGCAUUAGUUAAAGACAAAGCAGAUGUGCCAGUAAUGAACAACGUAGUUAUGUCUGAAUUAAACAACCGAAUCGUACGUAAAAAUUCCGACGACCUGUACAUCACCGGCAAGAAAACAUUCUUUGGAGGACUUCAAACCAAACACAUCCACACCGAACUUAUAUCCAACAUACCUCCAGAAACUCUGGUCUCAACGGCCAAUGAUGCCAUUGUUCCUGUAGUGAGAUUCGAUGGAAUUGAUGUCAUGAACAAUUUUGAUGUUGAAAAUGUGAACAGCUUCAACGUGGACCACGUCAUGCGCAAUAAGCUUAACUCCAAUGACUCCGGUUUACAAUUCACCAACGCCACCUACGUCUUUGAUACAGUGGAGAUGAUUGAUCUUGUAACGGAGUCAAUAAACGGAAUUGACUUUAAUGAUGUGGUGGUUGAUAGUGGUGUGCAAGAGGUGCACAGUCAGAAGACAUUCACCAACGGUUUGCACAUAGUUGGAGACGCCCAAAUCGACUACGUGGACGGAGUUCCAAUUUCCGAAACAUUCAACAAUAUACUUAUGAUCAAUCAACCUGAAAAUAUCACAGGAUCCAUUACCAUGAUAACGCCAACGAAAAUAAUGGGCAACGUCCAGGCAAAUAAGAUAAACGGAAUGUCUUGGGACCAGAUUGAACAUAUUUUAAGCAUGGAACGAACCAAAUUACGGGCGAACUCCGUGUACUUCGACAAAAAGGUCAUAAAUGAAAUCAUUGAAAACAUGCUCCCGUUAACACGAAAUCUACCAUCGGAUUACAUGUACAUCGAAAAAUCUAAGAUCCUAGACAUACAAAUGCCAAACACCAUCAGCACGAAGACCGUGGAGGCAGCAGGUCACGUUCUAAUCCACGUGACCAGCGAAGAAAACGGCGACUUCUGCGGCCUACCCAAAAACUGCAAGUGCCCGAUGCAACAGAUCAUCGAAAUGACCCCCGAACACUCCAUACACACGUUCUUCAACAAGGCGGUGCAGAGAACGUACACGUACGACGACGAUGACAUGAUCCUGAACGUAAUCACGAACAGCGUCAGCAGCGACACCGAUUGCAGGAAAGAUCCGAAGACGUUGUCGCAGGAGGUCACGUCGGUGACGUGGAGCACCAAAAGUACCGACACCAGGAACGGUUCCUUCUAUCUGUUUGACGAGUUCGUUGCCGGGUACGUCAGCGGUGUGGAGUUCUUCACCAUCGAAAACUCGACGUACGCGAUCAUCGGUAUUUAUUAUGAUCCGAUAGCUGAUGAUCAUCGCGUGAACUCCAGAGUUAUUAAGUUCAACGACGACAAAACGGCGGCUAGUACCAUUCAGUUUAUACCAACCAAGGGAGUCAAGACUUUGUAUCUGUUCCACACGGCACAAGGAAUCAUUUUGGUACUUGGCAAUCAACAUGCUUCAGAUAAUGUUCCGGAAGAAACCGAGAUUUACAGAUUUGAUGUGGAGAAACAACAGUUUAUGUUGCUCAGAACGAUACCGUCUUAUGGAUGUUCCACUGCUACCGGAGUCGUACUGAACAGAGACAGUCUGCUCGUUCUGGCGCAUGAUGUGCACCCGAUAUUAGUUAUGAAAUAUGAUCCAGUUUACGACAACUACUACUUCUAUCAGAGUUUCAAUAUGGAAGGACCCGUCUUGGGAGUAUCUGUAUUUUAUACCGGGGGCUUUGGAAUAAGUGAUGCAUAUUUGUGCAUCGUAUCAGCUGAUGAAAAAUACUUCAUUUACUCCUUCCAGUUUAUAGCAGGUUGGAGACUAGAAAGUACUGGGGAACUUGAAGGACUUCAAAAACUAAUACCAUUUAAUGUGGCCAACGAUUUGUUCCUAUUGGCACCGACCACACAAUUUAGUACUUUAUUUACUGUUGUCAAACAUGGUUUCAAAUAAAUUUGUUAGUGUUCGUUUUA